AAUUGAAGAUUACAGAUAUGGAAGAUUUAAUAGAGAAGAUGGAUUAUUAUCUAUCUGAAUUCAAUGUUAUCUCCAAAUCUCCUAUGAAUUUGGUCAUGUUCAAAUUUGCUAUAGAACAUGUAUCUAGAGUGUCGAGGAUACUCAUGCAACCCAGUGGUAACGUCUUGUUGGUGGGAAUAGGAGGUUCUGGACGGCACAGUUCCGCUAAGUUAGCAGGGUUCAUGGCUGAGAGCAACCUGUUUGAGAUCGAAUUGACACGAAACUAUAGUAUAUCCGAUUGGAGGGAUGACUUGAAGAAACUAUUUACCCGAGCUGGUUGUGAAGGAAAACCUAUCAUAUUCCUUUUUGCGGAUACUCAGAUUGCCGACGAAAUGUUCAUUGAAGAUAUCAAUACUGUUCUGAAUACUGCUGAUGUUCCCAACUUAUUUGCUCCUGAUGAUAAAAAUUUCUCUAUGACCUCUUUGAAAGAAAUCCACCCGUCUCUUUGA